CUGAUGGAUCAGUAGGCCUACCAGUCGUAUCCAUACAUUCUUUCUCUCUCUCUAUAGAAGAAUUAAAGCAUAAUUCCUAUUUUGAGCAAUCGUCAGAAAUAAUUUGCAAGAGAACAAACUUGAAACCCUGUAACUUACAUCGAGAAGCCUGUGUUUUCCCGCACACGAACCAAUCACUCCUUCGGAAAGUGGCGGGACGGACAUCCUUGUUAAAAGUUGUUUACAUUUUGCUUGCCGAGUGUUUCGUAGUGUUGCUACCGAUGUCAGCUGGAAUUUGCCAUGAGAUUUUCUCAGACGUUUAGGACAAGUGGGUGGCAUUGUCAAUUGUCAACUAAUGGAGGAUUCAUUGCUAGCGCACACCAACAUCAGCUCGUAGUUAGAAGAUCAGAAACCGGCGAAAUUGUUCAGUCCUUUACGUGUGAUGACGCUAUUGAGAAAAUUGCAUGGUCUCCGGAUUCUGAAUACUUGCUGUGUGCACUCUACAAAAGAUGCAGAGUGCAGAUAUUUUCCCUUACCGAUUGUGACUGGAGGUGCAGAGUAACAGAAGGCACAAGUGGUCUCAUAGAUGCUUUAUGGUGUCCUGAUAGCAGACACAUUCUGACCAUAGGUGAAUUCUAUGCAUGUGUUAGCAUCUGGUCACUUGUAAACUGUUCUGUCUUAUAUAUACACAAUCUAAAGUCGACAGCCUCUCCUGCUUUGUCGUUUAGUCCUGAUGGCAGUUACCUAGCAGUGAUAGAAGACCAUGGGUCCACAAGCAAGAUUUCAUUCUUUGACCCGACAGCCUGGAAACUGAUUAAGCAUGUUUCGUGCGAUGACUUUCUGGGUGUUGGCGGAAUGUCUUGGUCCCCUAAUGGCUCAACAUUAUGUUUAUGGGACAACAAGCUCCACCAGUGUUCUGUGAAACUGUUUUGCAUGGAAACUGGGUCAUGGAUAGGCCAAUAUAAGCACAAUUGUCUUGGUGCCAAAGUAGUUGCAUGGUCACCAUCAGGACAGCUUCUUGCCAUUGGCUGCUGGGAUGGCACUGUGCUGCUAUUGAAUUAUAUAACAUGGGAACCUCUUGUGGUGAUCAAACAUAGCAACGAGCUGAGUGACUCAGACUGCACCAUUUACAGACAACCAGUAGAUAAGGAGAAAACUGACAUCAGCUAUAGCACUGAAGUAGUAAAAUAUCGCCCAGUGACAGUGAUACCAUUGGCCUGGGACAAGGGAGGUGACAGCUGGAAAAACCGGGGUGUCGGUGUGUUGAACUUCAGUAGCUGUGGCUCGUGGCUGGUGACACGCGAUGACAGCAUGCCUGCUCUUGCAUGGGUCUGGGAUUUGAAUGGCUGUCUUGUCAGUGCUGUCAUCCACAAUGAGCCCAUUACAGGUAUGAUAUGGGAUCCACAGAAAGCAUGUUUGCUAUCAACUACUAACACUUCUACCAUCACCAUUCUAAAUGUCACUAAAGGAGCAAAAUGCAUGACAGUACCCAAUGGAUCAGCUCUUGGUGAAGUUUUAGUGAAGAGGAUAUUGUGUGACCCAUUUGGGCGGUAUGCUGUCCUUGUAGGUAGAACUCGAUUUGUCAUUCUCUAUUCAAAGUAAAUCUUCAAGACACUUGGAGAUGCCUUUGUACUGAGGAAUGUUUUGAUUGAAGUGUUAAAGUUCUAUUGAUUAUCUGCAUCAUUUGGACAAUAGAUGGCUUUUGAUAAUCGUGUUGUCAGGGAUUUUAUUUUACUGAAACAUUGUUUGUUCAGUUUCAGUUGUUUAGUAAGGUGAUACUGUUAUUGAUUAAUCUACUUAGUUUUAUGUACCGGUAUAUCUAGCUUGCAUAUUUUGGCUUGUUCAUGCCUGUUUAAAAGAUACUGCAUUAUAUUUGUAAAGCAGAAUAGGAAUGUAUGAAUCACUUCAACACAUAUAAGUUGUUUAUGUUGAGUCAUUGUUGUACGUAUUUUUUCUCCAUGAAUCAUGAAACAGAUGGUAUUUAUAAAGUUCUGUACAUGUAACAGCAGUAUUGCAAUAACUGUACUCUUUUUUUUAAAUAAAUAUUUAAUAAGGAAAUUGAUACAUCCUGUAUUUAAUGUUAGAUUACAGUACAUAUGUUACCCCGUUUGUACAUAAUCUCUGAUUCAUAACAUAAACAGUAUUGUGCUACUAAAGUUGCCACUAAAAAUUAUUUGAAAGAAUACAAAUAUUUUUCAGUUUUCAGUUUUAUUCUCUCUAAAAAGUUGGUAGGACUAUAUUUCAUUUUUGUUUGUAAUCAAGUCCUUCAUCUUACCCAUCCUUUUUAUGUGCCAUUCGUCGCUAAUCUUAGUUAUAUUUUUUAGUUAUAUCUAACAAAUGUACACAAUUAAAUUUUUUCAGAGUAUUUUUAACAUCAAAUUUUAGUGUUCUAUAUUUUUGUUUACGUGUAGUCAUUGUGGUAAGUGGUGGUACAUUGGUGCAUUUGAAAUGAUGAUGUUUUUAUGAUGCAUUUUUGGUAAUAAGUUCCUAUAACUUUAAAUUACCUCACUGAUUUCAUGUUAAUAAAUAUAAUUUUCUACACUAAAUUAACAUGUAACAAUCAUUUUUCAUUUAAUACAUUUACACUCAUGUUUGUUGAUAGUUUCAGUUGUCUGAGACUGCAGUCUUUUGUGUGUGUGUGUGUGUGUGUGUGUGUGUGUGUGUGUGUGUGUGUGUGUGUGUGUGUGUGUAAUCUAUUAUUGACAAAGGCCUUAAUGGCUGAAAGAUUUAAUUGUGAGAGUCUUUUUGUUGUGCCUGUCUGUGGUUCAGCAUCUCCGCUAUAUGGGGAGUAGCAACUUUCCUUUUCAUAAUAUUGUUACUUCCAUCCUGGAUUUUCCAUUGUUUGAUUCCUGGUAUCUUCAUUGAGAUGUCUAGAAACCCUUCUGUUUUGGAGAACAAUAGGGGAGCAAGUAAUAUUUGGAUAGCUUUUAUCACUAUAUUCACUGAAUACACCAUGUCUGUUUGUUAACUAAUAUUUAUAUUUUGUAUGUUUCUAAAUCUUACAUUCCCACACCUUACUAAAUUUCUCAAUUCCUUUCUUUGAGUGGAUCCAUGUUUCCAUAUCAAAAGCAAAAUUUUGUUUUGCACUCAACUCGAGAUUACCUCAUUUGUGAUUUUUCCCAGAUUUUUCACAAAGACUUAUGCUUAGAAUAUUCUCAUAUCCAGUGACAUCACUCUGCUUAUUGGUUUGCUCUAAUUACUUAAUAUUUUGAAGAAUCUCUUCUGAUAAUACUUCAGUAAUAUUAGUGUUAUAGUCCUUAUUUUUUACUUUUACUCUUAAUAAUCUUCAUUAAAUCUUGUGGAAAACCAUAUCUUUUGCACUGGAUUUCCACUUAAAUGCUUAACAUUAAACAUAAUUAU